AUGAAUUUAUCCAAACGAUAUUUAGUCCAAAGGAUAAUCUUCCCUGUGAAUAAUUUACUGAAUUUUCAGGGUCAUUACGUAAAUAAUGAUCAAUGCCAAUGUUAUAAGUCGCAGUAUCAAAAACGAACAUUUAUUAAUUUUCCUAAAUCUAGUCGAAAACGUGAAUAUAGUGGCAGGCAGCUAGUUGGCCAUACUAUGGAACAAAUGUUUGAAGUUGUAUCAGAUGUGGAGAAUUAUUAUAAAUUUGUCCCAUGGUGCAAACAGUCUAUUGUUCUCAAGAAAACACCAGAUUUUUUGAAAGCUGACUUGAUAGUUGGUUUUCCACCUAUAAACGAGAGCUACACUUCUAAUGUAACUUUAGUCAAACCAUACUUGGUUAAAGCAGAAUGUAUGGAUGGUAAACUUUUUGAACAUUUAUUGACACUGUGGAGAUUUAGUCCAGGACUGAAGAGAGAAAAACAGUCAUGUGUUGUUGAUUUUCAAAUAACAUUUGAAUUUCGUUCAGCGUUUCAUUCACAUUUGUCAAAUUUAUUUUUUGAUCAAGUUGCAAGGCAGAUGGAAGGAGCUUUUAUAAAAGAAGUUGGAAAAAGAUUUGGCCCAGCCUCAAUGCAGCCUACAAACCUUUUACAAAAUGGCCACGCAAUAAAGAGU